UGUAAUUUGAGCAGUUUUUGAUAAGUUUGUGUUUGUUUUUUCAAACUGUUUGUAAUGUUUGUUAUGGAUGAGUAUUUAGAUCAACCUGAUAUCGAGGCAGAGGAAUCAAGGUUUGAUUUUACGGAGCUGAUGGAGUCUAGACAACGACUGGUGCACGGAUAUAUGCAGUGUGGCCUGGACGCUGGGGCUGGUCUGGUCCUGUACGGAGAGUAUGAUAACGAUGAUCCAGUUGAAGUGUCUUACAGAACCAAAGUGUUAGACAUCUACCCUCCUUGUCCUGCUAACUUUGACCCUAAUGCUACUAAAGAGAUUUGCAUGCCGGCGGGUGUAAAGUUUAUGCGCGGAGAGAAGGCAGCCUGCCCUGCCCCCAAGUUCCACUCCUUUGUUAUUACCCGUGAGGACGGUUCCCAGAAGUACGGAGGUUGUCUUACCUACUGGACUGAAGUCACGUGUCCUCAGAUAAUAUCUUCAAUGCAGAUGCUGCUGAAUAUGUAUAAAGAGCAGCUAAGAUGCGAGAAGGAGCCCAGGUUUGCUCAUCCGGACGCCUUCCACUCCGGCCCGGAGACCAUGCUCUCUCCCUCCUCCGUCAACUCGGAGGUCACAACUCUUCACAUGACCAAGUGUAUUGCUAUUGUUAUUGAGCUCCCUUACGUCGACUUUGUCAGAGAGUACUUAAUGCAGUUGCUGGAAUACAGUAGGUCGACGGAGCAGACACUGCCGAUAGAAUCGUACGUGUACAACCUGCUGUACGAGGUGAUGAGUCCAGGACCAGGACAGGUUCUCAAAGUGGCUGCUCCCCUCUCUAUACUCAAUGUGGCAAUGUCCUCGUCUCCUCUGCCCCUGUUUGAUUACAGUUUAGAAGAUCUCUACUCUUACAUUUCCCCCUCUACAUUUGUGGACAUCUUGACGUGUUUACUGUUAGAGCACCAAGUCAUGCUUCUCAGCAAAGAUAACCAAAGAUUGAUGUUGGUGGCGGAAUCCUUAAAGUGCCUGAUUUACCCCUUCGAAUGGGACCACGUCUACGUGCCGAUCGUUCCAGCAACUUCCCUCGACCUUAUUGAAGCUCCGGUCACAUAUCUCAUGGGCAUAGCAGCUAAUUUAUCACUUGAGGAACAGGCAGAUAUCUGUGUUCUCGAUAUAGACAACAACAGGUUAACCCUACCUGAGGAUAUUCCUAAUUUACCAAAUCGAGACGAACUGAUACAUUCCAUAAAUUCUAUCAUAGCUCGACCCAGUCUCUCCCAACCUAGCGACCCUUUCUCUAGACUGAAGCUAACUACUAACUUCACACCUGCUGAUACCUCGACGAAUUCAAAAACCAAAACUUUUGGUGAGAGACGACUGAACCGUCCCCCAAAGCUGAAAAUAAUCAGACAAUGCAACGCCGAGUUUAGAGAAUCGCCAAAAUCAGAAGAAAAGUGCCAGCACACAUCGACAACAAACCUUGCCAUCAGAAACUGUUUCUUUGAUCACCUUUGUAAACUUUUACAGAACUACGAUAAAUUCGUGAUAUAUCCGCCUGAUAGAAAAACUUGGGAGGCAAACCGAGAUAAUCUCGAUAAUUUCGAACGGGACGUUUUCCUCUGCGAUCAGGCAGAGCAGAACCUGACAUUUCUAUCUCGAUUUUUAGAGACCCAUGUGUUUUCAUCUUUUAUCGAUUCAAAGGUUUUGUGUUCUUUUGGUGUUGCGUCAGAUGUUAUUGCUCACUUUGACAGUAGGAUCGACGAGUUGAGGAACUAUACUUUUGACGAUGUGAUCAAAUCACCGCCAGGAGUUGAGGUUAAAAAGAGUCUUGGUUCUGCCAGAACUCCUACAUCAACGUCAGGGUUGCUGGAUAUUGUUUGCCGUCCCCCAGUUCAAUGUGGCAGCCCCAUACUUACGGGUGAUACCACUCCAUCUAGUGACUUUCCUAUACUAAGAUCUCAACUUCUUCUCGAACAUGCUUCUGAUAAAACGUCUGCCUCAAUGUCUCGUAAACUGUUGAGACAACGUUCUAUAAAAGAAGCUAAAGCGCAGUUGGAGCAUAAGAGCAAUGCCUUGAGCAGUCCAACUAUUAAGAAACACUUCCCUCUGGAUACAGACGACUCCUUUGACAGAAUGAUGAAAGCUCAUGCUGACUUUACCAACCAAUUACUCAAGGAUUGCAAGAACAAGAUUAAUCGCCUGCUCGUCCUAAAGAUGGGCCCGGAAGCUCAAGGCCUGGGCUACGAUUAUGUAAUCCGGGGUGUGGAAGAGAACAGUAUGGUUGGAGCUAUCUGUGAUCUGGUGGAGCGGGUUUGGUCACAUGGUUUGGUGGUCCGGGACGGUAAGAGUGCUCUGUGGAACCAACUCCGCAAGCAUCUUGACCGGUGGAAAGAGAAACAUCCUCAGUGCUCCCCUUCCUCAACUGGAUCAACAAGUGAGGAUGACUCAGUAGAAGACAACUAUCGAACAUCUGGAGUGUUCUUCAGGAGAAGUUCUCAACAGACACCCAAUCUUCCUCCUGAUAUAUCGACUAACGAACAGCUUUACAUCGAUAUCAACAACAUCAAGAACUUGAGAAUCAUUCGAACCGAUACUGGCAGAGCCAGGGCUUUUAUCAGGUUAUCAAUAGAGAAGCAGUGCAUGCAGCAGUACCUGGAGCUGAUAACUUGCGACUCGGAGGUGCUUAGUAAGCGCUAUAAAGACUACGCCUUCUUACGGGAUGAGGAGAAAGUAGCACCCUUCAUAAAGUAUCUCCUGACCCUAUCUGCUGUUCCGUUCACCUGUUUUACUGCGUCCUUCCCUAAUAUCACGAUUCAGUACAAGUUGUACAUAGUAAACAGCAACAAGUUCAACGCCCAGAGUACAGCGAACGCAUGGGUACUUCUGACGGGAGAGAAGGGGGAUACAGGGGUUUACGGCCUACCCAAGGGAGAAUCUAUCGUCUCACUGAUGACACGAAAUCUGGGAGAGUUGAGGUCACUACGAGUGGGGCACGAUAACACUGGUAUCUCUCCGGGCUGGUGUUUGGACCACAUCUUGGUGGAGAACGUUCUCAACAGUCAUUGUACCCUGUUCAGAUGUGGAGGCUGGCUCAGCAGGAGCAGUCGAGACGGAAGUAUAGAAAGACUUCUGAUCGGUGAAAGAGUUGACAGAAAUGAGUAUAGGAAUCUGAGGAACUCCAGUCAAAAAGCUGAAAGUCCGACCUUGGUUGGAAGUUUGACGGAGAGUUUCCAACAAGACCUAACGUUGUUGAUGAACGACCGGUCCCCUCCGCGAUUCCCCUCCUCACUACGAGUAGACGGCACUGUCAAGGCUCAGGAGAUGCUAGCUACUGCUGUCAACUCUCUCGUUAGACACAGAUAUCGUAGUCAGGAAUCCGAUGGAACGCUAGUAACACUGCUCUGUGGUCAACAGGGACUAGUCCCAGCUCUACAGGGUCUGCUAAGUGCGGGGUUGCGCCCCAUUUCCCGGUUCAACAGGGGAACCCCCCUGGUUUGGGAGUUUGUGCACAAGGUGUAUUUGGAGGUGUCCGAAGUGAACACGUGUCAUCCUGACCAGCCUGCUAUCCAGAGCUUUGUGAAGUGUGUCCAGCUUCUCAUGAGACCUAGUUCUAACAGUGUUGGGUUGGAUGGAAAGUUCCAAACCCUGAUCUGUCUCGGUGUCCGAGAAGGAGUCCUGCACCGCUGGUUCUACAUGAUGAGCCAGAGUCUUGCUGCUUCCAAAUGCUACGACAACACCGGCAUCUUUAAACAGGACUCUAUGUUGGACGAGAUUAUGGGCCUGUUGAAGAUUUUAGAGGAUUUGAGUAUACCAGUGGACGUUUCUCUUAUCCACCAAACAGAGAGAUAGUUUAUAUCAUAUUUUACAUUUUAUACUUUUAACAAUUAUAUGUUCGAUUACAAUGUUCAGCACACGACAGGUCCGAAUUUCAUGUGGUCGGUGUUUCUACGAUUUCGGAUGAUAUGAUCUAGUGGUCGA